AUGCUUGCUGUAUUUGUCGUGUUCUUCGCCGUGAGGGGAGCAAAACACAGUCAUAAUGGCCCCUUUGCAGGUCGAUGGGAAGGAGCUCACGAAAGAUCUACAAUCUUUGCUAACGACCACAUCCCGUUGACUGGGGUCAAUAGAGCUGUGAUCGAUAGCCCCAACGUGAGCUCACCCAUGGCUCAGUCCGAGAGCUUUCAAGGAGAUGGCGACGAUGAAGAUAGGCUUGACACUUUAGACGCUACAGCCGAUGAGUCUGCAAUGUUGAACAAGCCUGACAUGCAGAACAGACAUCCAACAAUGGGUCACAGUUCAGUUCCCGGUACCCAGGACCCUCAGAAAAUGUUGCUACAGUGUCUGCUUCUCGAAGCUGGCAUUCUCUUCCACAGCAUUUUUAUUGGUAUGGCAGUCUCAGUAGCCACAGGUACCGCAUUUGUAGUACUACUCAUUGCAAUAUGCUUCCAUCAGACUUUUGAAGGAUUCGCUCUUGGCGCUAGAAUUGCCAACCUGAUUCCAGCACUUUUUGAUGCUCGAUCACCCAAACCCUGGAUAAUGUGUUUUGCAUAUGGAACCACCACACCGAUUGGACAGAUUUUGGGCCUGGUACUACAUCGACUAUACGACCCUAACUCUGAGGCAGGAUUGCUUACUGUCGGCAUCACUAACGCUAUCAGCAGCGGUCUCCUUCUGUUCGCUGGACUUGUACAGCUCGUGGCCGAAGACUUUCUAACAGACUCCAGUUACAAGGCCUUGAAAGGCAAAAGACGUAUCGAAGCGAAUCUCGCCGUGGCGUGUGGCGGACUAUUGAUGGCUAUCGUGGGAGCGUUUGCCUAG